CAGGAAUGAGACACAGAAAGAGAGACAGGAAUACAGGAAACGAACAGUAUGUUAAGUUUCGAUACUUCUUUCUACAGGAGACACUUCACUUCAUCACUGUAAUCUGAAGCAGAGAAAUGGAUUGUCUACUAGAGAUUGAACUGAAAAUCCCGUCAACACAUCCUGUAAUACAGUGUGUAAUUCAAAACGACCUCAAGAGUCUAAAAAAAUUACUGAGGGACAAUGACAUUAAUGGACGGUUCCCCUGCAAUGAGUUGGGUGAUUUUAUAACCCCACUGAUUGCUGCUGUUGUAUAUCAAAAGAGUGAUAUUGGCAUUUACCUUCUAAAGGAGAAUGGCGAUCCAAAUGCUUUUUCCAAAAAGAUCUUGACACCUUUGCAUUACGUUGGAUGGCACAAUGCACCGGCAAUUUUUGCAAGGAUGUUACUUGAUGCGGGCGCUGAUCCAAACGGAUGUUUGGAUCAGCGAUUCACACCUCUGCAAAUAGCCGGCAUUUAUGACAGUAAUGAUGUCAUGAAAGAGCUCCUCUCUGCUGGUGCACCGGUAGACUUGAUACAUGCGACUAAACCUGAAGAUGAAUCUUUCAAUCAUAAAAUAGCUCAGUCAAUUUUUAGGUUAGCUUCCAGUGGAGAUGAACGAUCCUCCAAAUUAAAGGAUUUUGUGGAACUGAAAAUUGCUGUGCUACAAGGACAAAAACCAGAAGAAGUGUUUAGAACUUUUGACAGUCGUAUGCUAUGGGUUGAUCCUCAGACUCAUCUGACCAUGAUUGAAAUACUCUUUACUGUUACUGGAGAAGAUGAAGACAAAUACCGCAGAGAAAGCGUCAAAUGGCUGAAAGAAACUGGAAAUUUGAACUCCUUCAUUACAGGGGCCAUGAGUCGCCUUCCAAAAAUUCAUCAGCAACAUGUAUAUUGUUCAAUAAAGAGUUUACAUGCAGUCUUUUGCACAAUGGAGCAGAUCCCAGUUGAGCAAGCACUGGUUAUCAUCCCACAACUAUUGGAAAGACUUGGCUGCAAAGAGAGACCUGAUAUUAAGCUGUUAGAAGCUGUUCAGUCAACACUAUAUGUGAAAACAGAGAAAACACAAGUCACAAAUGGCUGGCAUCCCAGUUUUAUUGAGAUGUUGUGUGGGACAGUUGCUCCUUUUGUCAACGAUCAAUACUCCUCUGACAUCCGAGUCUACACAUAUGGCAUAGUUGGAAACUUGUUGUCUGUUGAACAUGCCGUUAGCAUCUUUACAUCAGCAGGGAUAACGUCAGUGCCAGAGGACAAACUGGAAUCUGCAGAUGUGAAAAUGAAUGACCAGCUGAAAGAAGUGCUCAGACGACUGAAAGAUCAUUUGAGCAAACUCAACGGGGAGUGUGAAGGGGCAAGGAAAAAGACCCAAGACCCAAAUGAUGAAGUUUGCAGUGCUUCAACUGAUCCAGCAGUUCCAGCUGAAGCAUCGGGAACACACAACUGGCUACCAAUUAGCGAGAGGUGGAGGGAAAAAUUAGAGAGGCUUGUACGCUACUUAAAUACUGAUGAAAGUAAAGUCACCAGAAUUGGGAGCAUUGCUUACAUCAAUGAUGUUGACUUUCGCAUAGCGAAAGGGAGCGAUGGUACUGAAGUCUUCUUGGGGCUGAGAGGAAGUGAUGGCCAUGAAAUUGCAAUUAAGAGAAUGUCUAAAACCAACUAUCAAGUGCUGAAGAAUGAGGAAGUACUUCUGCGACAUCCAAAACUGUACGAUAGCUGGGUUGUGAAAUAUGUUGACUUUGCAGAAGAUGAGAACUUUGGAUAUCUUUGUCUUCAACUUUGUGAAAAAACCCUGGAAGAAUAUAUCAGAAACAAUGAUGGCAGUCUGUGUCCAAAGGAACUUGUCUAUGACGUCCUUUACAGUUUAAAGUCACUUCAUUGUCAAGAGCCACAAAUUCUCCACCGAGAUCUCAAACCACAAAAUGUUUUAAUCGAUGUGACCGGAAGGGCAAGAUUAGCUGAUUUUGGCAUAAGCAGACGUUUGCCCAAAGACCAAACUACUUGUCACACACGCAGUGCAGGAACAGAAGGCUGGAUGGCCACAGAGACUUUAAAAGAAGAUGAAGACAUACCAUACAAACCGAGCACAGAUAUACAGGUGGCAGGAAUGCUGAUUUAUUUCAUCCUCUCCGGUGGACACCAUCCUUUUGGUGGUGAACGCUAUAAGCUUAUGUCAAACAUUCAAGAGGGGAAGUAUAAGUUGGACCACAUUCAAGAUGUGGUGGCAAAGGAUCUCAUCGAGAGGAUGAUCGAUAAAGAACCACAGAACAGACCCAGAGUGGAAGAGUGCUUGAGUCAUCCCUACUUCUGGACCAGCACAAACAAAGUACAAUACUUGAGCCAUGUUGGAAACAUGAAGGAGGUGGCAAGCCGACAAAAUGUUAACCAGGAGUUGAUUUCGAUGCUGGAUGAAUGUGCUGAGGGUGUUUUCUACAAUCAGUGGAAAACUGAGUUUUCACCCGACUUGGUGCAGAGGAUGGAUGACAAGAAGAAACCAUACCCACAAAACAUACUGGGAUUACUCCGCUUCAUGCGAAACCUCCAGGUGCACUAUGCCGAUGAUGCAGCCAGCGUUGACCUGAUAUCACUGUUUCCCCAUCUCUUUGGAUGCGUUUAUAAAUGCGCCAUAAGGAAAGGGUGGAAUUUAGAGAAUCCCCUGAAGGAAAUGUUCAAACCAGAAGAGACAGUAGGUGCCAACAGACAUGAAGUGGAACCCAAAAACUAUGAAGAGCACGUCGGCCUUGCAGUUCAAGAAUCUGAACACACUUUUACUGAGCCAACUGCAAAUGCCAAAAGCAGCAUCAGCCGUAUCUAGUCCAGUAGAACUACCGUUGACAGACUCUGCAUUGAUGAUGAAACUACACCAUUCAUAGAGACUAUUUGAACAGGCAGUUUAAAUGAACGUUAAUCACUGCCUCCUAUAUUUGUUAAUAGAUUUGUAUUAACAGUUAAUACAACAAUCCUGUGCUGGGUACCUAGGUCCCGGGCUUUGUAUUAAAAAUCCAAAAUUAGCAUGGUGCUGUUUUCCUCAGAUUCAGAAGUCCAAGGCUGGUCGUCAAAAUAUUCCUCUUUCACUAUAUUAUGACGAUUCAGUAUUUAAUAAUGUAUAAUACAGGACAAUAUAUUGAUUUGAUAUUAUUAUGCAAACUAUUUUUUUAUUACUGUAGUUUGAGAGUAUUGAUAAUAUUUCACUAAAGAAUGCAGACUCCUUGAAUUGCAUUCUUACACAUUGAGUUAUAUACAUCAUGUUUAAAUCAAUAGGAUGAGUUAAGUAAAGUAAAUGAUUUCAAGGGACUUUCUUUUCACUUUAGUAUUUUGUCUGUGAUUUUGAUGAAGUUUUUACACUUGACCUUGAGAAUUAAAAGGAACGAUUCUAUUUUUUCUGGCCACAGUAGAUACUUAUUUUACAAAGUUGAGGAUUAUACCGAAGUAAUAUGAUCAGAACAAUCAACAAUGCAUUUUCAUAGAGUACUAAAUCUAUAUUUCUUGAAAAAAACCUUGAAAAAUAUACAUAAGAAAUUUUGUUUUGAGUCAUUUCAGCUUCUUGAGAUGUUGUAUUGUUCUUAAAAUGUUGUUUUUCAUUUUUAAUAUUAUACUAAAAAAUAAACUUGAUCUAUCCAAACAUGUAAAAAUAUGAUUGUGAG